AUUCGUUCUUUCUUUUGGCGAAUGGAUUUUUAUUAAAUGAUGGAAUACUGUUCCUUUACUGACAGUUUUAUUUUUGUUUUUUAUUUAGGGUAUCUUAAUUGAAAUACGAGCGAACAAAUAUUUGUUUACUUUUGUGAGGCAUCAAUAUAGUACCUUUUAUAAUUUCUUUUAACGUCUUAUUUCUCUAAUAUUUGUAUUAUAUUCAAUGCUUGCUAGGAUUGUAAAUGCGUUGCCGUUCGGCUUAUCACAACAAAUAACUAAACUUUACUUCCAAGCACUUAUUCGUAACCAACGAGAAGCUCAUAGUUUUCAAGAACAUCACGAGUACAACAAUAUGGAUGUUAAAAUACUGCCUGCACUCCAAGAUAACUACAUGUACCUGAUUGUGGACAAGGCGACUAAAGAAGCAGCUGUUGUAGACCCUGUAGAACCAAAAACUGUGUUACAAGCGGUGAAGGAACAUGGGCUAACUCUUACAACUGUCCUAACUACACAUCACCAUUGGGAUCAUGCUGGUGGUAAUGAAGACUUAGUUAAGUUACAUCCAGGUCUUCAGGUAUAUGGAGGGGAUGAACGAAUUGGAGCAUUGACAAAGAAGGUCGAACACAAUACCAACUUUAACUUAGGACGCCUUAAUGUACAGUGUCUGUUCACACCAUGUCAUACUUCAGGUCAUAUUUGUUACUUCAUAACAGCUCCUGAGGAGGGCAAUGAUUCUGCUGUGUUUACAGGAGACACUUUAUUCCUUGGUGGCUGUGGAAGAUUCUUUGAAGGCACUGCUGAUCAAAUGUACAAGGCUCUGAUCACAAUUCUUAGUAAUCUACCUGAUCAAACCAAAGUCUUCUGUGGACAUGAGUAUACUCUGCAGAAUUUAAAAUUUGCACUACAUGUUGAGCCAAAGAAUGAGGAAAUACAAAAGAAAAUCGAGUGGUCUGAGGAGAGACGCCAGGAAGGGAAACCUACUGUACCAUCAACAAUAGGUGAAGAAAAAUUAUAUAAUCCCUUUAUGAGAGUGACAAGGUCUCCAGUGAUGCAGCACGCUAGAAAAUCAGAUGGGAUAGAAACCAUGAAAGCCAUUCGGCUUGAAAAAGAUAAUUUCAAAGGUUAAAAUGAAGAUUUUUCUCUGACAGAACUUGGCAUUUAUUA